AUGGUUACCUACAGCCAAGUCGAGCAAACGACCCAACAGUUGAAACAUCAGCACUUGCCUCGUCAUGCGGCGGUUUCGUUCCGUCAUCGUUCCGGUAUUGUCCGGAACGUGCUUCUUCGACCAAUAGCCGUGAAGUAAUUGUAUUGUGCUGUUGUUGUAAGUGUAUUUUCUUUGUUUCAGAGCCCGUUGGUACACCUUUUAUUAUGAAAAGGUCGACCGCUAUGUUGACGUCGUGUAUUAUUUUCUGGUGAAGUACCGUGUUACGGUACCCAGCGAGGACAUCCUGUUCUUCAUGGAAGGCUUCCCAAACGAGCUCUAUCCUCUCUCGGUCCUUCGGGUGACUCCGCCCAUCGUACCCCGCCGUUUGGAAUUCUGCUGUUUGUAA